UUAGUUCUCUGAACUUCGCUUUAUUUCUUCAAUCUCAUCUCCAUCUCCAUCCUCUCCUCUCUUCUUCUCUGAUCCCUUUUUCUGUGAUCCAAAGGAAGAACUGCCAUGGAGGGUUUGAUCAAGGGCUUGAUCGAUGUGGCACUCGGCGUUGGCGACAACAACAACGACGAAUCCAACUCUCAUGCUCGUGAUGAACAGUCCAGAUCCACUUGGGCGCAAGUGGUGUCUGGGGAGCAGGAUCAGGACGAAGAGGGUGGUGAUGAUAGGCACGAUCAUAAUCGGAACAAAUGGAAUAGAAAGGAAGAGAGCGAUUGGAGGAAUGAAGAACCGGAAACAGUCGGAGAGAGACCUUCGAGGCGACCCCAAAAGCUUGUUUGUGAGGAUGAGAGGUACAAAGACGGUGGUAAGCAUCAAAUUAACCAGCAUCAAUGGAACAGAAAGGAACACGAUGAGGGGAGCAAUGAGGAUUGGGAGACUGUUGGCAAAAGACCUCCAAGGCAAUCUCAUAAGGUUCCAAUGAAUCAUUGGCAUGGAUAUAAACAACAACCAAGUGAGCAAAAAUAUUCUGAUGAUGUCAGCUAUGGUGCUGAAAUAGAACCCUCAGAAAAGGAGCUUUCUGACCUUUCACAAGCUUGCAACAAGCUCUGGGAACUUGAUUCAAACUGUUUGGUACCUGGAAAGGACUAUCAGAUUGACUGUGGUGAGGGAAAGAAGGUCUACCAAAAGGAGGAUAUGGCACAAGGAAGCCUAUUUACUUGGGUGAAUGAAGAGAUAUUCAGGAAGCCUACUUAUUCUCGUUUCUGUUCCCUUUUAGAUAAUUACAACCCAAAUGAAGGGUCUAAAGAAGUUGUCACUUCUGAAGAGAGGCAUGAGCAAGCCGCAUUCAUAGAAGAGAUCAGUAGAACUGCACCAAUCAAAUAUCUUCACAAGUAUCUCUCAUCCAAGGGCAUUGUUUCUGAGGAUUAUCAUGAUUUUAAGAGUAUGCUGACAGAUCUAUGGUUUGAGCUCUAUGGUCGUGGUGGUACAUCCGGUUCAUCUUCUGCUUUUGAACAUGUUUUUGUGGGGGAAAUCAAGAAGCAAGGGGAGCAUGAAGUUUCAGGCUUCCACAACUGGAUUCAGUUUUAUCUUGAAGAAGCAAAGGGAAGGGUUGAUUAUCAGGGAUACAUAUUUCCAAGAAGACGAGGCCAAAUACCAGACUCAGAAACCCAGCUUCUUACGGUUCAGUUUGAAUGGAAUGGUGUUCUCAAGUCUGUCUCAAGUACUUUGGUUGGAGUGAGCCCAGAGUUUGAAAUUGCACUGUAUACAUUGUGUUUCUACAUGGGUGGAGAGGACAAUCACAUUCAGCUGGGUCCUUACCCUGUUAAUAUCAAGUGUUAUCGCCUUGGAAAUGACAAAAUUGGGUCUGCGUUUCCAAUCGCUGAAUGUUGAGUUACAGCUGCAAAACAAGCAUUUGAAGCACUUCCAUGAAAGAUCUGAGGUGUAUCUUGUUCCAAAGCCCUGAAUUGAACUAAUUGAAGCUGUAGAGAUUACUUUGUAUUUUGGGU